AUGGCUCAAGACGGAGACCAUCGAGGAAGAAAAUGUUGUUGCUGCUCCUUAAGCUUAAUCCUCGCAGUUGGAUUCAUCACUCUCUUGACAUGGCUAAGUGUGCGAGUCCGCUACAGCGAUCCAAAAUGCUCGAUCGAAUACUUUUACGUUCCUGCCCUCAACAAGACCCUCAAUUCAAGAACCAAUACAACUCUCAAUUUCAUGGUUCGACUCGCAAAUCAGAACAAAGAACAAGGAAUCUACUACGACGACGUCCACCUUUCCUUAUCCAACGCUAAUUCCUCUGUCGCUAACUACACAGUGCCAAGAUUUUACCAAGGACAGAAGAAGAAGGCCAAGAAGUGGGGUCAGGCUCUUCCUUUCAACAACCAGACGGUUUUACGAGCCGUUUUGCCUAAUGGAUCGGCGGUUUUCCGGAUGGGUUUGAAGACGCAAGUGAGAUUUAAGAUUGCGUUUUGGAAAACAAAGAGGUAUGGAAUCGAUGUUGGUGCUGAUGUUGAAGUCAAUGGAGAUGGAGUUAAAGCUAAUAAGAAAGGGAUUAAGAUGAAGAAAUCUGAUUCUUCUUCCUUAUUAAGAAGCUAUUUUCCAGUUUGUGUUUUGAUGAAUCUGCUCGUCUUCUUUGCUAUUUGUUAA